CCUCCAGCUCCCAGCGUACAGUCAAGGAAUUUUAAAAACACGGACAUGAAACCACAAAAUGUUCUCUGAGAUUUAAAAGCUUGCGGAACUCCAGAUAAAUAAUCGUUUAUCUUUCUUAAGAAAUUCUUCUGGUCUCAAGAUUAUCCUGUGAACAGCCACCCACUCACCCCAUCUAAGACAGAUUCAAAGUAAAGGAAGAGUGGAAAUGUGUUUGUGGACCAAACGUUCAGAAUUUUGGGUGCCAUUGUUCUUUCUACUCAGUCUGAUUCCCUUGACUGAGACAGACAAACCCUCAACCAAGGACAGCAGCAGUAUUGGGAGUCAAGGCCUACUGGCAGAAGUACUACAGGUUUUCUCUGCUGGUGACCACCCACCCCUCAACCACUCACGAAGCCUCAUCAAAACACUGUUGGAGAAGACGGGGUGCCCCCGGAGGACAAAUGGAAUGCAAGGAGAUUGCAAGCUGUGUUUUGAACCAGAUGCCCUAUUACUAAUAGCUGGAGGAGACCUUGAAGAUCAGCUUAGAGAGGAGGUGGUCCAGAGAGUCUCUCUUCUCCUCCUCUAUUACAUUAUUCACCAGGAAGAGAUCUGUUCUUCAAAGUUCAACAUGAGUAAUAAAGAGUAUAAAUUUUACCUACACAGCCUCCUGAGCCUCAGGCAGGAUGAAGACUCCUAUUUCCUUUCACAGAAUGAGACAGAAGAUAUCUUGGCUUUCACCAGGCAGCACUUUGACACAUCCAGAAGCCAGUGUAUGGAAACUAGAAGGCUGCACAAAAAGUCUGGAAUCUUGAGUAGUGACGGUGCCGAUGAAAAUACACUUCCCAGGCUGGCGGCCACCAUCAUUGCUUUGUCCCUCCAGGGUGUUUGUCUGGGACGAAGAAAUUUGCCAACCCCAGAUUAUUUUACAGAAUAUAUUUUCAGUUUCUUGAAUAGGACAAAUACUCUCCACUUCUCAGAACUAGACCAACUCCUCAAUACUCUCUGGAGCAGAAACACCUGUAUUAAAAAGGAUAAAAGCUAUCAACUUCAAAGGAAACAAAACAACCUAACAAUCCAUGAUUGGGGCUAUCCUCGUCUAUCUGUAUCUGUGGACAAAGAUUCAGAAGAUGGUCCAAUUUCCUGGGAUCAGACUUGCUUCUCUGCUCAGCAGCUGGUGGAGAUAUUUCUACGGAAUAGCUUUUCCCCCAUUUCUAAGGAGGACUUUAAGCAGAUGAGUCCAGGGAUCAUCCAGCAACUACUCAGCUGCUCUUGCCACUUGCCCACCGACCAGCAAGCAAAACUUUUACCCACUACACUGGAGAAAUAUGGCUACAGCACAGUGGCUGUGACACUUCUCACACUGGGUUCCAUGCUUGGGACAGCACUGGUCCUUUUCCACAACUGUGAAGAGAACUACAACCUUAUUUUACAGCUGUUUGUGGGUUUGGCUGUUGGGACACUCUCUGGGGAUGCCCUGCUCCACCUUAUCCCUCAGGUUCUUGGUUUAGAUAGGCAGGAAGUCACAGAGUUUGAACAUUUCCAUGAAAGCAAAGGUCAUAUUUGGAAACUGAUGGGUUUAAUUGGAGGCAUUCAUGGAUUUUUUUUGAUAGAAAAAUGUUUUAUUCUUCUUGUAUCACCAAAUGCCAAGCAGGGCCUGUCAUUGGCUAAUGGGCACGUGGGACAUUCCCACCAUCUUGCACUCAACCCUGAAUUAAGUGACCAGUCAGGCAGAGGCAAAUCUGCUUCAACCAUCCAGUUGAAAGGUCCAGAAGAUUUACAGGCUGCUGAGAGUCCCAUAGACAGUAUGCCAGCCACCCACAGAAAAUGCAAAGCCAUUAGCUUGUUAGCCAUAAUGAUUCUGGUUGGGGACAGCCUGCAUAAUUUUGCAGAUGGCUUAGUGCUAGGAGCAGCCUUCUCAUCCUCAUCUGAAUCAGGAGUGACCACAACAAUUGCUAUCUUGUGUCAUGAAAUUCCACAUGAAAUGGGAGACUUUGCUGUACUUUUAAGCUCUGGACUUUCUGUUAAGACUGCCAUCCUGAUGAAUUUUAUAAGUGCACUAACUGCCUUCGUAGGACUAUACAUUGGCCUCUCAGUGUCCACUGAUCCAUGUGUUCAAGACUGGAUCUUAACAGUCACCGCUGGAAUGUUCUUAUAUUUAUCCUUGGUGGAGAUGCUUCCUGAAAUGACUCAUGUUCAAACACGACGACCCUGGAUGAUGUUUCUCCUGCAGAACAUUGGAUUGAUCUUAGGUUGGCUUUCUCUCUUACUCUUGGCUAUAUAUGAACAAAACAUUAAAAUAUAAAUUAACAUUCUCAAAAUUCCAUCGAAAAUGAAGUUACAUGGUCUCAUUUCAUUUCUUGUGUUGUAUUCUACAGUGAUUAGUAAAUUAAGCAUUUCUUAUCUCAAGUGCAGUAGGUGCCUUUGAAUUCAUUAACCUGUUAAUUUUUAAAUGCAGUUUUGGUUUUGGAAAUAUCUAAAGGUCAGACUGUCAUCAUCGCAAUUUUGGAUUUUUGUUUCCAACACUGUGAUGGAACUUAUUAUUUUGUGUAAACUCAAUUAAUUCUAGUAAUCUUAAAAAAAUGUUGUUUCCCUAUGAAAGAAUAUUUGUUCAUAGUGUUUGAAGUAGACAGAUGCCUGUUGGGAUGAAAUCAGCUGCGACCUUUCUGAUGUCACUUAUAUAUUUUUUUUUCCUGUGAGAUUUUAAAAUCAAAAGCAAACUAAAUAACAAAGAAAUGUAAUAAAGUCUCGUUUUAAUGUGGUGA